AUGCCGCUCCAUGCCUGGUUAUCGGGGGGCUGCCUUCUUCCUUCCCCUCCCAGUCUCCCUCUUCCCUCUUUCGGGCAACGCCUUGGCCUUCUUCCCCGCACCAUUUCCCCUCACCAUUGCCCCUGCAAGAUUCGCUGCCUAGAAGAUAGCGGUGACGGCGGCGGUGUGAUCCCCUCCUGCGGAAGGUUAGUGGGCAUUAGAGGGCCCCGAAGGGUGAAUCGGAAGAAGAUGAUUAGGGGAAGUAGCGGGGGAAGGUGGUUCGAACGGGCGCUGGGGCAGCGUCUGAACAUGGCGGGUCUGGCCUUCUUCUGCCGGGUUCUGUCGGCGGAGGAAGGGCGGCGGCUGGCGCUUCCUCAAGUGUGCGUACCAGACAUCCGGUGGAUUGAUUGGCGGGCGCUGGAGCGACUAGGUUUCCGCGGGGUAGUCUUCGACAAGGACAACACCCUCACCUCACCCUAUUCUCUCUUUCUCUGGCCUCCCAUCACCGCCUCCUUGGGGCACUGCAUGCAAGCUUUCCCUGGUCGUGUUGCUAUCUAUAGCAACUCUGCCGGUAAGUAAAUCUACCGAUUGAUGCCACCACAAUGCUUGCUCGGAUCCUUUUUUUUAACCGGUGCUCAUUUUCCUUCUAUUGUUUGAUUUUUGUUUUCUAUCUUGAUCCUUCUUUCUUUCCUGCUUAGGACUUUCUCAGUAUGACCCGGACAGUUCAAAGGCAAAAGCACUGGAGGAUUCCAUUGAGGGGGUUCACGUCAUAAGGCAUGGCAAGUGCAUCUCUCCCCCUCCGACCUUGAUGGGCUUCUAUGAUAUAUUUUUUUUCUUUUGUGAAAAUCACGACUGGCCUCAUCAAACAUAGAUUAUAAAAUUCUAAACUUCUAUUAAGUUAACUAACUGCUUUAAUAAAUGCACAUUGGACAUUCUUCUGUGAACUUUGCUAAUUCUCUGUCCCUGUUUUUGGCAUAAAUCAGAUCAUAGUGGAUAAACAAUGAUCAAUUAAUAUCAAAUCUGAUAUACAGAUUCUGAAUCUUCUUACAUCAUUAUAUUGUUUAGCACCCUACCUCCCCUCCCUGUCCCCCCAAAAAAAAAAUAAAGACUGUUUCUAGAGGUGUACAAGCUGUUACACUUUUGUUUAACACCGUUUAAAUUAUGAAAUCAAGGUUGGGAUUCUUUACAAAUGUGGUAGGAUAAAGUGUUUUCCUGUGCCACACUAAUUGAAUUCUUGUAGAAUCUAUUUUGUGCUGUUCCUUAUUAUCAUUUUCUUAAAAGUGAAAAGUGCAGCAUAUGCACAAAAUAAGAAGAAAGGAGACUGACCUGUGUGUAAAAAACCAUGGAGCUUUCGAAAAAGAAAGUCCUCAAUUGACUUUAGUCCAUAUCACCAUGGUAUGCUCCAAGCUAAAACCCCUACUCGCUCUCAAUUGAAGAAUAAUACUCUUUCAUAUUAUGAAAUCUUGAAGUGGACUUUCUCACUCACUCCUUUGGAGAUAGAGGAGAUGCUGGACGGCAGCAGAAGAGCAGUGCCAGAAGGCAGCACUGGAGGAUGGUUGCAUGCGGUGGUUUCUGCACACCCCUUCCCUGUUUCGCCCUUCCCUCGCUGAACGUCCAUCCAUUAGACAACUUUGAUGCCUAAACAUUAAUUAAGUAGGGAUCGUUCAAAGAUCAAUCAAGACAAGCAUCUGUGAACAGUCAUCCAUGUAAAAUCCUCCAUCAAAUUCUUGACCUAUACAGGAUAAGCUGACCCCUGUGUCAAAGAGGUUGUAAGGUGUCUUGUCCAAUCACACGAGGUGAAAUGAUUAGUAGAUUGGUCUGUGAACUUUAUUUUAUGUCCCAUUUUCCAUUUCCUUUGAUCUACCUCUUUUGUUUGGAGGGCUUUUUUCUAUAAGAAAGCUGAGUUGUAUACUAAGUAGAAAAAGUUUCUCUUAUCUAAAUUUCCGUUUGACAGUAAACAUCCCUUCACCAAUCUAGAAUGAAAAAUUUGAUGUCAUUGUCCUGUAGGUAUCCUCUGCAGCCAUAUAAAGAGAAGAAACUCCUGAUUGAUGGCCCGGACGUUCUUACUCCUGUAGUACGUCUGUUUGUAACCUCUAAACUUAGAACAUUAUCAGUACCUAUUUUCUUAACGGAUUACUAUGUGACACAUGAUUGAGGAUUCUUGAUAUUGAUCAUUUCAAGAGUUCCAUUCUCCUUGUGGUCGAAAAUUCUUCCCAUAUUAUCCUAUUCGUUUCUCCAGUACUAUGACAGAAAAAGGUAGAUCGAAUUGCUUCCUGUAUUUCAGCUACUAUCUUUGUAAUCUUGAAUGAAGAUGUUCGGCAGGUGCAUACAUUAUAUGACACAUCCUUGCAGAAAGAAAGCCUCACCCGAAGUAGAGGAUCUUUCCUUAAUUCUCAGCCAUUUUAAUUUAAAGCCACUGCAGAUUUUUUUCCAAUCACUACCAUUUACCAUGUCUAGUGUGAGUAGCAUCCAUAGAUAUCACCAAAUAUCAUAGAAGCCCUAGAAAACGGAAAAACACUGUUUUAACUCUGUCAAAUGCCUUGUAUCUCGCUCAUUCCAUAUUCCACAUCAUUAUCUAAUUAUGUGAUUGGGAAAGUGGAUGGUUUCUGAUAAAUGGUAAGUAUUGUGCAAAUAGAUGGAUUUUCCAAUUCUGUUGCAUGAUUUGACUGUUUCAACUCUUCAGUAAUCUGCUCAAGGAGUUUAUUGAAUAUUUUGGCAUCUAUUCUCCACUACUGUACUUGUUUAUGGCCUCAAGAAACUUAGAAUUAGGGUAGGCUACUGUUUUACCUAAUCCAGAGGAAAAGAACUCUCCCAAUCUGUAAGAAAUGGGCCCAAACCUUAAUACAUCUUUAAAAGUUUACAGAGUGUUCUAGAAAAUGAAAGGUUGUAAAAGAGUCGGAAGAAAUGAAUUUAUCAAAGGAUUUCGUUAAUAUCUCUUCCAUCCCUCUUAAUCUUGACACCUGCGAACUGCUAUCAAACGCCUUCCCAUGUUGGGUCUUCCUAGUGUAAGAGAAAAUGGAGGCGGCUCUCAAAAGUGGAGAAAGUGUGACAGGUAGUGGAGUUGGAAGAGGGGAAUGAAGGAGAAGUGGAGGUGGUCCCAUGUGAUGAUUCUUCCCACUCAUUCUGUUUCCACGGUUUCCUUUCCUUUCUGAUUUAUCUUCUUCCUCAUGUUAUCUGAAAUCCUUUCAUGUGCUGAGGCCUGAUCUGCUCCACAGAUUGAUCAGGUUGGAUUAGACAAAUCAGGCAAUGCAUGAUAUCCAAAAUCAAUUCUAAUGGACGGAUUAUCUAAGUUGGAUCUGGUCUAUUUUGAUCAGUUCAAAUCCACUAAAUUGUCCACUCCAAAGCCUCUAGGUUGGAUUAGGCGAUUUCUGGCCAAUCCAUCCAGCUCAUUUCACUAUGAUUUUGCCCCUAAAUCAGCAGAUUUGACUGAAUUCUAAGGAAUAUACUCCUGAAAAAUGUGAUCAGAAACAGAUCAGAGUCCUGUUUCUCCUCCUCCCUGAAAAUAAUGAGCAUUUUACUUCAUGGUUUGAGCUGGAUAAGGGAUGGUGAAGUUUAAAGAGGUUCUUGGAGAAUAGUUUCAUCAAAGAUACAUUAUUUUCAGGUUUUUUGUUUCAUGUAAACCAGAUAAAAAUCUUUCCUUAACGUGCAUCUACGCCUUGGGAUGCACCUCUCUGAGAAACCUUCUCCGAGCCUCAGUCAAGUUUAUACAGAUCAUGUACUGGGGUGCACUUUGGAAAUGUAACCAUUUUAUUGCGCUGGUUUCGGCAUCAACAUGAAUCAUUUAACAGGUCUUUCGUAUAUAUGUUAUACAGUUUUUCAGAGUAGGGGUAAAGACCAUGCUUGUUUGACUAAUUCAUGGAAUGUGUGGACUGAAUCAUGAAUGCAUUCUCUGUAUUUUAGUGACAAAGAAACCGGCUGGGACUGUAGAUGAAAUAGAGCAAUACUUUGGUUGUUCAGCCUCACAACUGAUCAUGGUAUAAGUCUCUCUCACCACUGAUCAUGUAGUUUUGUUCUGUACGACUUACCUAUAGAUUGUUGUUUUCCUGCCAGGUUGGUGAUCGAUGUUUCACUGAUGUUGUAUAUGGAAAUCGAAAUGGCUUUCUUACAAUUCUGACUGAGCCUUUAAAUCUUUCUGAAGAGCCAUUGGUUGUUCAACUGGUAAUUUUCCUGAAGCAUAUCCUUUUUUAGUGCCAUUGUAGAAAAGCUAACAUAUUGAUAUCGCUUAUGCUGGCUGAUGACUUGUUAGACACUAUGGCAAUGUCUCAGGAGGGUACAUGGGUUUCAGCCAUUGUUAGUGAUUAAACACCAUCUGCAGAAGCUGCUAAAGAAUGUUUUUUAUGUGACUCAUCUUGACACAAAAAUUAUCUAUAUGUUAAGCUGCCUGUCUAUCACAAGGGCUAUGGCUCAGUUGGUAGAGCGACUCGCUUACACGUGCGACCAUGCUUUUCAAAGGAGUUAAGCCCCAUGAAAGCACCUGAAAUGUUCAAUGAUCGACGAGAAAUAAUCUUCAUCGCUUGAUCAACACUAAAACAUCAGCCCUCAGAAUGAUCUUACGGCUAGUUUUACUUCAAGAAAUAAGUUGAAAUGCUUCGUGCCUUUCCCUUUUAUUUUUGGUUGGUAGCAAGGUUUUAAGGAUUCCACAUUCUCUGCGGAUGCAAUCACCUACUCUGUGGAAGCAACAGCAUAUAUUGCUCCACUGUAAGAAACUUGACAGAUGUUCAUGGCUGACAAUUAUCCUUCUCUCUGUUUGUUGAACGCUGCUUUUGAUUCUCUGUUUGUUGUUCGUCUACAGUGAAGAUGUUCUCCACUUUUAUGGAAGAUGACCGUUGACUUGCUUCCUAAGAAAUUCGAAAUCUUCUAGUCCGCUAGAGGCUGAAUGAAUCAGAAAUUCCCUCUCUUAUCCUCUCGUUCACCUGUUUAAUGGGAAGAAUGAUCCUCUGCAUGGGAUUCAAUCAGAUGGAGAAUGAGUGUAUGAUGUGCUAUUUCUGUAGCAGAACUACCAUACUAUUUUGGUAUAUAACUCAGAUUUUUGUUGCAGAAAUGUCGUAAUGAUCUUAUAUGCAUAUAAUUUCAUGCUAAAUGCUCUCACCGUCAAGCCUAGUUGUCCCAGAACAAUGAGAAGAAAAGUUCCUGAUAGGAAAGUCAGCUACUUGGGCUGUUUAAUUUUCAUUUUCUUUUGGCGAAUAUAUAGAUUAUUUAACAUGCUUGAUCUAACCUUGGGAUUAUGUUAAUGCCUUCUCAGGUCCGGAAGCUAGAGCAGCAUCUACUCACUUGCUGGCGCAAGAAAGGGUUGAAACCAUUAGAACACAGCCUACUCUCGGAUUGGAAACAGUGCACAAGGUCUCAACCAUUCUAG